AUGCAAACGGAGUAUUCGGCUGGGGACAUCGCAGCGGCGAGGAGUCUUCGAACCUUCACGUAUAUAUACACUUCGGCGGCUACAUUCUGGACAUAUGACUAUGUUUGUUCGCUUUACCAGGAGUUGACGUUCCUGACUCAAUCGCGUUGGACCAAAGUAAAGGGUCUUUAUAUCCUUACACGCUAUAUGCCCUUGCUCCUCUUCGUUGGACAUCUAUAUCUGAACUUCGUCCCAAAUAAUAAUCCCGACGAAUGCCAAAUGAUCAACAAUAUUUGCUCGUGCUUUUUCAUCAUUAGGACAUAUGCACUAUGGAACCAAAACAAAUCCGUGCUUAUCGCCAUGCUGAUCGGAUUUAUUGCUGUCAUUGUAGCAUCCGUCGGUGUCCUCUUUAGUGCCACUGCUGACGCACCAUUUGACACCAGCACGAUCCCAGGAAUCACAGGCUGCUACCAGUCCACAGGCAGUGAUGAGAUGUUUGUGCCGUUUGUCCUCUUGUUUGCUCUCGAACUGGCUCGUGCCCCUCUGUAUGACGUCCUUUUAAAGCAUAACAUAUUCUAUUACCUAUGCGGUCUAUUUUUCUCGAUGGUGAAUGCACUCACAUGCCUGCUCCUCCAAUACGCGUACAACGCCAUGUUUCAAGAUUUCCAGCUCAUCAUCCUCGCGAUCCUUGCCACGCGCAUGCACCUCCAUCUCUGGCAUGUUGACCGACGAACACGUUUUGGUUGGAUCUGGAUGCGCUGGACGUGUGAGCGAGUGUAUUACAACUGGGCAAAUUUGGGAUCCGCGUGCUUGAGUUUCUACCGCGCGUUCCAAGAGACGGGUGCUAUGUUUGGACUUGAUCGUUUAUGCAACAUCAGUAGCCAUUACAUUGAUCUGGUUGCAGCUGCAAUGAUAUCACAAAUCGAUUACAGUGAGACGAGUAACCCGCGAACAGUUGUGGUGGUUAUGCAGCAAUCGGAAAAUCAUCGAACAAGUUAUGAUCUGCAUAUCGGACUUUUGCCUAUCAUCGUGGGUGUCAAGUGCUGA